UACAUAAACUUGAUAAUCAUCUCCUGGAUUUGGUCAGUUUUAUAAUUUAUAGCCGGCCCUUUCUUCGAUUAUAUAAUCCUCUUCGACCCUGAAAUUUUGACGACUUCGUAAGCAAACUUCUAAUGGCUAAACGUUGUUUCAAGCUUAAAUUUUCUUGUAUUAUACCAUAUUUUCAAUUCUGUCGAUCAAAGAAACCUCCCAAGUCGCCGGAGACUUCUGUUUCGUUCCUAUCUACGGUGAAUCCUAAAGCAUCUGACGUUGGAUAUUCGGACCUGAGCUUCCCUGCGCCGCCGCCGUCGACGCCGGACUACUCUUUCGUCAAACGCCAUUUGUCACCCAAGGUAGCUUCAGUUGACUGCGGGUGCCGAGCAGCAAGAUCAUGCAGAAGUCGAUAUUCAACCACUCCAGAUGUUAGCUUUGAGUCAACUCAAUUGCAGGUAAUGGCCAAAGCUCAUAAUUCUAAGCUUCAAUGGAGAACUUAUGAAGCGUCGGUUUCUGGUAAGAGCAACGGGAAAUACAAGGUCAAUAGGAAGGAAAAGAAGAAGGCGAAAAUGGCGACUGUUUCGUCAACUGACAGUGGAUGCUUCAGUUUCAGUAGCGAAUUAGGUGAGGAGACUGAAACCCUAAUUUCUAAUUCGAGAAGCUUCUCUGAUGAUUCAUCUUUUGAGUUGGAUCAAUCAAUGGCUGAUGAUGAAGACUCUCCCAUGGAAAUCAAAAUCAAGAACAAGAAGAAGAUGAAGAGAUUAAGGUCAAAGAAACACAAAGGAUUGUCAACAGAGAAUAAAAAUCCCCCACGGAGAGGUUCAAUAGAAUCGCCGAGGACGGCGGAAGAGAAGGUGGCGGAGAGCGUUGUGGUGGUGAAGAAAUCGGAAGAUCCAUAUGAAGACUUCAAGAGGUCGAUGCUGGAGAUGAUAAUGGAGAAACAGAUGUUUGAAGCGAAAGAACUGGAGCAGCUUUUGCAGUGUUUUCUUUCAUUGAAUUCGAAGGAAUAUCAUGGAAUCAUAGUGGAGGCUUUCACUGAGAUUUGGGAAGCAUUAUUCUGUGAGAAAUAAGCCAAGCUUGCUCGCUUAGUAUUAAUUAAGUUGAAGAUGGUGAGGAGUGAAGAACUACUUUUCGUGCUCAUAAUAUGAAACUAAGCAACUUGCAUUGAAGAACACAUGUUAUGUUGUUUCAUUCUUCUUUGCUUUUCUUUUAAAAUUUUUAGGGAUUAUUUCAUCUAGUUCUUUCUUCACCGAUGGUUACAAACCUGAUUUUUUAGGUUAA